AUGGUGUUCAACGUCAAAGAUUCGGAGUACUGUACGACGGUGGAAGCUAGUGAAUUGCCCUUUGAAGUUGUGAAAUUGGAAAAUGUCCCGAUUCCUAUGAAGGAUGGAGCGGUUCUUUACGCUCACAUUUGGAUUCCAAGAGAGGCUAAUGAUGGGCAUAAAAAAGUGGGAACUUUGGUAGAGUACUUGCCUUACAGAAAGAACGACUUUACAGCUAUCAGAGACAGUAUUAGACACCCAUAUUAUGCGGGACAUGGACUUGCGCUGAUUAGAGUGGAUAUGAGAGGAUGUGGAGAUUCAGAUGGUGUUCUACUUGGGGAGUACCUUGAGCAAGAGCAAGAUGACAAUAUGGAAGUUUUCAACUGGAUUGUUUCGCAGAAGUGGUCCAAUGGUAAUAUUGGCCAGUUUGGAAAAUCUUGGGGUGGUUUUAAUGGACUUCAGGCUGCUUUUCGUCAGCACCCAGCUCUUAAAACCAUCAUAACUUUAUGCUCAACAGAUGAUAGAUAUGCGGAUGAUGUCCAUUACAGAGGAGGGUGUCUCUUGGCUUCAGAUAUGUUGUGGUGGGCUUCUACUAUGUUUGCCUAUAAUGCUAGGCCACAGGAUCCUCGAAUUCGUAAAGACUGGAGAGAUAAUUGGUUUCAGAGACUUGAGACCGAACCUAAUGCUAUCGAAUGGCUCAAGCACCAAAGAAGAGAUGAUUUUUGGAAACAUGGAAGUGUUUGUGAAGACUAUAGUAAGGUUGAUAUUCCAGUUUUGGCGGUUGGAGGUUGGAGAGAUGGCUAUACUAAUGCCAUUUUUCGCAUGAUGGAGAACUUGCCAAACCCAGAGAGUAAAGGCAUUGUUGGUCCUUGGGUCCACGAGUACCCAGAGGUGGCUACACCUUACCCGGGGAUGGGCUAUAAUCAGGUUGCGGUGUCGUGGUUUGACAAGUAUUUGACCACAGACGAAGAAAUCAAGGCAAAAGUUGCAGCCAGUUUAAGUCUUCCUAAAGACUUUGAUUUAGAAAAAUUGGCCAAGUUGAGUGCUUACAUUCAAGAUCCUACGUCGGUUUCGGAGAGUUAUGAGUACAGAGACGGUAAAUGGGUGUCGCAAAGUGUAUCUCCAGAAAACUUCUUCGAACUCAAAAUGGAUGCAAAUCUGGUUUGUUUGACAGAAGAUAAGGUUGAGAAUACAAGCCAUUUAGAGUUCUCCGGGGCUAUGGAACACGGUCUAUUUCGAGGAACAUGGUGCCCAUUUGGCCAAGACGGUGAUUUUCCCACCGACCAAAAAAUUGAAGACAGUAAAUGUCUCACCAUUGAUUCUGGUGCUUUGCAACAAGAUUUCCAAUUUUUGGGAUUUCCAAUUUUCAAAGCCAAAGUCUCCAGUGACAGUGAAUUGGCCAACCUUACAGUGCGUUUAGUUGAUUUGAACCCCCAUACAAAAGAAAAUUAUUUGGUUUCAUGGGGAAUAGCCAACUUGUCUCAUCUUGUUGGAGACGAAACCAAUCCCCAGCAUCUUGAGGUUGGAAAGAAAUACGAAUUUACUAUCAAGUUGGAUGCAAUUGGCUACAAAUUUGCCAAGGGACACAGAAUUAGACUCUCGUUGAGUACCGCAGACUGGCCUUCUUCAUGGCCAUCUUCCAAAACUCCAACGUUGAAGAUCUUUUCUGGCUCUUCUUUAUCGUUGCCGAUGGUGAAUACCGACGGUUUUGAGGUCAGAUCCUGGCCACUUCCUGAAUCCUUAGCUCCAUGCGAGAGAAAAAUUUUAAGAAAAGAGGCCAGAACAAGAGAAGUGGUUCACGAUUACAUCAAUGGAACUUGGACUAUCAAUGACUUUUCCGAUGAAGGAAAGAGAACCAUAGUUCACAACGGAGCUGAGUUGGGGUCCUGGAACAAAAAUGUAUGGUCAAUUAAAGAGAAGAAUCCAUUAUCCGCUUACAACAAAUGCGAUUGGGAACUUACCGUGGGCAGAGCUGAAGACGAUUGGCAGGUGAAAUUGUUAACUACGUCCACAAUGAAAUCGGAUGAAAAAAACUUUUACUUGGAGAAUGGCCUACAAGCGUUUGAAAACAACGUCAAGGUGUUUGAAAAGACCUGGGAAAACACCAUAGCUAGGGAUUUCAUAUAA